AGUACAGGGUGCAGCAUGUGAUGUCCCCCAGUUUUGAUCUGAGAGACACUGACAUGAGUCUCAUACAACUUAGAGAAUGUAUCUAAAGCAUCUACUCCAUUGGUGAAAACAUGACAGUGUUACGCACACACGAGUCGAUAUCUGCACAUUAAGUGUCAAGUCAUCUGCUAUUGUUUAGGCCUUGGAAUCAGCUGACUCUCCAGCAAUGAGAUAUAAAUACAGACUUCUAAGAUGUGAUAAAGUGAUGCAUGCCAUUGUUUCUAGGGAAAUAAGUUGUUAAGAAAGUCAGUCAUAUUAAGCAUUUUCUAUGUUGCACUUAAAUAUGAUGCACAUCAAGCGACCAUCAACAUUUUGGCAAAGAUUUUAAUUGUUUGUCGCUUGUACUGCAUCUGGACUGAAACGUAUAGAAAAUUGAACCUAGAAUUCGAAUAGGCUCCAUUUUGAGAGUAAAAAUGUGUGAUUGGUAUUUACUAAACCUUUACGUCUUAAUCCUAAUGUUGUGUUUUUUUACUCACCCAACAAGUACAUUUUCUCAAAGCUUUAGCAAUGUGAUUAUUUGAGAAAAGCACAUGGAGAAAAUAGCCCAAAACUGGAGAAGGUAAUAUAUUUCUGAUAACCAACUUAUUUAUUUAUUUGUCAUUAGCAGUUUGUACUGUUGCUGUGCAUGCUGUGAAGUGACAGCAGCACUCUGUCCUCAUAUGAUCUCAAACAUGUGCCUCUAAGUGACAAACAUAAACACGUUCAAUGGUGAUGCACUUAGUGAGUUAAAAACAGAUGUCACACUUAAAGCUGUUGCCUGCUGGUUUUGCAAAAGCAAGCGUGUCAUCAGAGUUUUGCUUCUUCAAAUUGCAAAAUGUGUGCAGGCGGUGAGAGGAAGUACCAUUCAGGUUGAUCUUUGUCCUCCUUGUCUCAUUUCUCAUUUGUCACUGAGCUCAUUAUGGCAGAUACAUAGAUAACAGACAACUGUCUUUAUAGAUAGCACACAUGAAACUCUCUCAGACUUGAAGAAGACUCUCAGCCUUGCAAAUCUGCCUUCCGACUUUGUGUGAAAGCUGCUCCAUAACGACAUAACCUUCAGCAGGAAUCAACAUGGUGCACAAUUUCUCUGAAUGCGAGCGGUUUCAAAUGGCCCUGCUGCCCUCAGUGUACGGGAUUGAGUUCAUUGUGGCCCUGGCAGGAAACCUGUUUGCGCUGUGGCUGCUGGUGGUCAGAGAGAGAAGGAACUGGCACACCGGGGUUGUCCUGUCAUGUAACCUGGCAAUCAGUGACCUGCUGUACGUCCUGACCCUGCCUCUGCUGGUUGUCUACUACUCGAGGGGGAAAUACUGGAUGUUCGGCAACGCUGUGUGUAAAAUCGAGAGGUUUCUUUUCACCUGCAACCUGUACGUGAGCAUCUUCUUCAUCAUGGCGAUAAGCGUGAACCGAUGUGUGGCCCUCGCGUGGCCCUUCUUCACCCGAUCCCACGUAGAGCCUGCCCAUGCCAAGGCCGUCAGUGUCAUCAUCUGGGUCGUUGUAGGAGUCAUCUCCUGCCCUGUGUUGAAAUUUGCCUCGGUUUGUGUGCACAGUAACAAGACUCAGUGUGUGUCCUUCUGUGACAAGACAAAGGAGGAUGAACGUCCUCACCUUAUCUACAAAUUCUUUCUUGCUGUGUUUGGGUGUCUUGUUCCCUUCCUGAUUACUUUCACUUCUUACUGUGUGGUGAUUCGGGUGGUGUGGAAAAAUGCCAAUAUAACCGCCUUGGAGAAACGCAAGGUCGCCCUGCUGGUCAUAUCAGUGCUUGUGCUAUAUGCCCUUUCCUUUGUUCCUUACCACGUCUUUCAGCUCUAUCACUUGUAUCUAAGAAACCACAACAAUAACCCUGUCUGUUGGGUCUACGACAUAUACCAAGUGUGCAAGGGACUGGCAGCUCUGAACAUGUGCAUCCAUCCAGUCCUUUACAUGGCUGUGUUUGACAGUAUAAGAGUCGCUUGCUGUGGGAAGAGCCCAGACGGUGACAACAAGUGCGAGGCGAGGAAGGAGACUGGCUCCUCGACAACCUUUCUGUGAAGAAGCCAUCAUCACCAUUUCUUGUUGUAAAACUGAAGCAAAGUGUGAUUCUACACAAGAUUUUCACAUAGGAAGUCUUGCUCUAAUUUAGCAUUUUUGGUCAUUGCUGACAGUUGUUAUUAUACCAACUAAAAAAAAAAAGAAAAAGAUCUGUAAUAAAGAUUUCUUUGUUGCUGUAACUGCCCAUCUGACCCAGUCUGCACCAUAUCAAGAGCAAAAGUAAGCAUAGAGAAUUGUUAUUCAAUAUCACUUGAGGUAAAAGGGUACAAAUAAAUUGUGGCAAGUUUUAUUUUUUCAGAAAUUGACAAAGAAAAGGCUGUUUGUAUUCUGAAGUAUGGACAACGACCAUCAGGCAGUGCUGUCAUGUCACCUUUCUAUCAUACUAUGUCAAACACUGAAGCUUUACAGUGUCAGAAAUGUUCAUAACAGCAUAACGUGAAAAUAGCAUAGCAA